AAAAAGAAAGAAGGGGGAGACAGAGGGAGAGGGAGAGAGAGAGAAAAAGAGAUUCUUCUUCAAUAAAAAUCAAGGACGAAGAAGAACUUCUUCUUCAAUUCUCCUUCUCGUUUUCUCUCCCUCUCUCUUUCGCUCUCGCUAAUAAUCGUUUUCCAGGCGUCUUUGACUCACUCUCCUCGAAAAAUUAGGUGAAGUGUAUUGUAUAAAAUUCCAACAAACUGUAGCUCAAUUUCUUUCCCAUUUUACACUUUUCUCUCACCUGUUGCUUAUAGAUUCAUUUUGAUUUGAGGAUCCAAUAAGCUUGAUUGUAAAUUUGUAAUUGGGUAGCAGGGCGCCUCAGAAAUUGACCAACUGGGUUUCGGGGAAAUCCAAAUUGGGUUUGUCUGAAAUUCAGAUAUUUGCUUUAUUUGUUUUUGGGAAAGUAAGUGACUUUCUGUGAGGAAAAUUACUGGGUCUGAGACGGAAAUUCAAUUUCAGUGAAAGCUUUUCUCUCUCGAUCUGGGUUUUGUGAUUUGAAGAGCCAUGACGGUCCCGAUUGCUCUGUACGCAACGCCGCCGAGCAGUGUGUGCUCGCACGCCACGUUUGAUUUCGAAUUGAGCUCCAGAUCUUCGUCGUCCACGGCUUCGACGCCGUCCACGUCACAGAAGCCGGCGAUGGGGGGCUUGUCGUGCUUGUUCUCGUCUCCGACGGUGAAGCAUGCCUCGUCUUCUUCCAGCUUUUCGGGCGGAGGAGGUGAGGAAUUGGGGUCGAUGUGGCCUGAUAGGGGUGAAGAGUUGAAGGAGCUGAGUAGCUCGUUUCGGUAUUCGCAGGGCAAGUUCAAUGGGGCUUCAAUGAAUAGAGAUCAGAGCCCGAUUUCGGUGUUUCAGGGUCCGGUUUCGAGUAGCAGCAGUGGGGUUUCGAGCUCUGCGAGGAGCCCUCCGAUGAGAAUUGCGCGGGAAAGGAGUAGCAAUGGAGAUGUGAACUUGCGGUGCGGUAGUAAUGGGCUGUUUAAUGGCUUUGUGAGGGGUGCUUUGGGGUCUUCCUGUGUGGAUUAUGACUCGCCGAGCUUCGAGGUGCGAAAUGAGGCUCUGGAGAUGAGAUCAUCAGCUGUGCUGGAUGAAUUGACUUUCAACAUGGAGGAUGGGUUUGUGGAGGGCAAUUUCGAGCCUUAUGCAAGUGAGUUGCUUGUAGGUGCGCAGUUGCAGCACAAGAUUUUCUAUGAAGAGUUUGUCAUCAAGGCUUUCUAUGAGGCUGAGAAAGCACACAGAGGGCAGAUGCGAGCAAGUGGUGAUCCGUAUUUGCAGCAUUGUGUAGAAACGGCGGUGCUGCUCGCAUUGAUCGGGGCUAAUUCCACGGUUGUUGCUGCAGGGCUUUUGCAUGACACGCUUGAUGAUUCUGUUAUGAGUUAUGACUAUAUAUUUGGAAAAUUUGGAGCAGGAGUUGCUGACUUAGUUGAAGGGGUGUCAAAGCUGAGUCAUUUGAGCAAGCUUGCCCGUGAUAAUAAUACUGCGUGCAAGACAGUUGAGGCAGACCGUUUGCAUACCAUGUUUCUUGCCAUGGCAGAUGCUCGAGCUGUUCUCAUUAAAUUGGCUGAUCGAUUGCAUAAUAUGAUGACACUGGAUGCAUUGCCCUUAGCUAAACAGCAAAGGUUUGCAAAAGAGACUUUGGAGAUCUUUGUGCCAUUGGCCCACCGAUUAGGAAUCUCAAGCUGGAAGGUGCAGCUAGAAAAUUUAUGUUUUAAGCAUCUCAAUCCAGACCAACAUAAUGACCUAUCGUCUAAGCUUGAAGAUUCAUUUGAUGAUGCAAUGAUUACUUCUGCCACAGCGAGAUUAGACCAAGCUCUUAGAGAAAAAGCCAUUUCCUACCAUGUACUCUGUGGACGGCAUAAGAGCUUGUAUAGUAUCUACUGCAAAAUGUUAAAAAAAAAACUGAACAUGAGUGAAAUUCAUGAUAUCCAUGGGCUACGUUUGAUUGUUGAGAAAGAGGAAGAUUGCUAUCAAGCACUGAAAGUUGUUCGCCAGCUAUGGACUGAGGUUCCGGGGAAGUUCAAGGACUACAUAACACAACCCAAGUGUAAUGGGUAUCAGUCACUUCACACUGUGGUCAUGGGUGAAGGCAUGGUACCCUUAGAAGUGCAAAUUCGAACAAAGGAGAUGCAUUUGCAAGCUGAAUUUGGAUUUGCUGCUCAUUGGAGAUAUAAGGAAGGUGAUUGUAAGCAUCCAUCAUUUGUGCUUCAGAUGGUUGAGUGGGCAAGAUGGGUGGUCACUUGGCAGUGCGAGGCAAUGAGCAGAGACCGGUCGUCGAUUACCUAUGCUGACUCAAUCAAGCCACCUUGCAGAUUUCCUUCUCAUUCCGAUGACUGCCCUUAUUCUUACAAAUCCCACUGUGGUGAAGAUGAGCCAGUAUUCGUCAUUUUGAUAGAGAAUGACAAGAUGUCUGUGCAAGAAUUUCCUGCAAACUCGACGAUUAUGGAUCUGGUUGAAAAAGUUGGGCGGGGGAGCAUGAGAUGGACAACAUAUGGCCUCCCAUUGAAGGAAGAACUGAGGCCUAGGCUGAACAAAAUGCCAGUGAGUGAUCCUACAUGCAAACUGCAGAUGGGGGAUGUAGUGGAGCUGACUCCAGCUAUUCCUGACAAGUCAUUAACAGAGUACAGGGAAGAGAUUCAACGCAUGUACGACCGGGGCAGGACCGUAUCAAGUGUAGGGUCUCCUGCUAAAAGCAUGGUAGGCUGGAGAAGAUGACCUUGUGCUCGAUUGUCCCAUAUAUAGUGUAUUUCCGGGCGCACACGGUUAUUCUUGUACAUAAAAUCAAAAGCAUUUGUAUAGAACAGCUACAUGGUUCUGCUAUUUGAUGGCCAUCUGAAUUCAACAUGGUGUAGAACGGUUUAUCUUCGGAGUUCCCAAAUUGAAUGCACUAUAUAUUUCAUCAUA